AUGCAUCAGGCUACCCGCGGCGGCAACAUCUCACGUUCAAAUCCAACUCCUGUCGCCCCAAGCAUCACAGCCACCCACACACUUUCACCCGACCUUAGCCCUGGAUUCGAUGGUCAGGCUCUACACAGUCUUUGGAGCCCUCAUGUUCGCUCUCCUGCUCCGAAACCGAACGUGCUGGUGAAGAACAAGAAGCAUUGUCAACAAGAGUCCUUGGGGAGCAAUAGAGACAGUUCCACGACCCAAAAGAUUAUCCACAGGUUUAGAGGUAUGGCAAAGCCAGCUUCCAAACUGGUACAUCCUCGAGGCUUGCGGCAUCCAGUCAUCCAGCCGGUCAUGAACCAUCCUCUCGGCCCGCCCUCCCCCGUGAUCUCGCAAGACAUAAGCCCCCAGCGUCUUCCUGACAAGAAGAAACUCGAGGAGCAGCUUGUUUGGGGCCACAUAUCAGACAAACAGAGGGUUCUGACGGUGGAAAAGGCCGCUGCAGCAAAAAUUUACCUUGAAACGUAUUACAAGGAGGUACUCAGGGAUGAUUUGACACCCCGCGAACUGCGCAUGGCCCGGUUCCGACACGACAUUCACCACCUGGAUCAAUGGGAGAAGGAGGAGUAUUGGAAAUGGUACCUCAAAACAGAGACUGAUCACCUUCGCAAGCAAAGAGUCGACAAAGCCUAUACUCGAGGCUCAGACCUGGAAAACCUGGAGACGCUCCAAAUACUCGGAAAAGGGAGCUUCGGUGUUGUAAAGCUCGUUUGGGACCGUUCACACCGGCACGUUUACGCCAUGAAGGUCAUCCGAAAGUCGGACAUGAUUCGGAGCUGCCAAGAAGGGCACUUGCGAGCAGAACGGGACUUCCUGGCUGCCUCCGAGAACUCUCAAUGGAUUGUAUCUCUGAUAGCCAGUUUCCAAGAUCCUACCAACCUCUACCUUCUGAUGGACUACAUGCCCGGGGGUGACUUUCUCGGCUUGCUCAUCCGCGAGAACAUUCUAACAGAGUCAAGGACUCGCUUCUAUAUCGCAGAGAUGAUUUUAUGCGUCGAAGAGGCACACAAGCUUGGUUGCAUACACCGUGACGUCAAGCCAGACAACUUUCUCAUCGGCGCUGACGGUCACUUGAAGAUCUCGGACUUCGGGCUGGCCUUCGACGACCACUGGUCUCACGAUACUUCCUAUUACAAAUGGCAUAGGCAGUGGCUGCUUUCUCUUAUGGGUGUCAGGCUUGACGGAGAUCGCGAAGACCGCAAAGCGGCCCGCGGUGGGGGCUACCCGCAGCGGCCAUCAUCUCCAGCGGGAUCCUCAAAGCAUGCCCCUCCAUUUAACAUCGUUCAGUCCAACGCACUUUACAGUCCACCGAAUUACCAAACAACCCUAGUGUUCCCCGUUGAUGGAGUCCAAGUCUCAAAGAUGUGCCAGCAUUUGAUCAGGAACUUGCUUCAAGACAAGAGAGAUCGUCUCUCAUCGCCAAAGUACCGUGAUCAGGACGAAAGAAGAGCCCGACAACAGCUUCUGGGUCAUCCGGAAACCUCACGGAACUACGUUUUCCCCAAUGAUGCAAACGAGAUCAAGGCACAUCCAUGGUUUCGGGGCGUUCCAUGGGAGAAGAUGCGUUUCGUCCAGCCGGAGUGGAUCCCAAAUAUCAAAAGCUUUGCCGACGCCCACUACUUUAAAGAAGACGAGUCGAUCAGUGACUGGUCCGAGUCGGUAGACUCGGACAUAGGAGAAGGACGAGAAGAUCCCGCAGAUUUCGACUUCAGAUUUUUGCAAGUCGGAUUUGAACACGACGUACAGGCUCUGAUCAAUGAUUUUACAGCCAGGCCCUAUGAUUCGACGAGGCUCAAACGGUUUGACCGUGACAUUGAAAACCACUCGGAGCUGGAAGACAUUCAGAAGGAAUAUCUGAAAUGUUACGCCAGACGAGCCGGUCAAAAGGAACGCAAACGCCCAAGAGACAAGUUACUCAGGGAUCCCUGGGUAAAGGACGAGGUUCUUCAAAUGAGAAAGCAGACAUCGUUCUUGGGAUAUUCAUGGCGGUGCAAAAGCCCGCUACGCCGUCAGGGCGUUCAUGAACACCUUCCUACAUUUUCCUAA